GCUAAUACCCCCGUCCAGAGGAACAUGUGAUCUUGGAGGUGGGCUGUCAAGACGUCAUGACUGACUACAAUUUCAAAAUGGAGGGAAGUAGCUGUUCGGAGAAAGAUUCUGCUGAAGCACGACCAAAAAGCAUAUUAAAACACGCUCACGGUGAAACAAAACCAGAGGUAAAAUGGGAUGAGAUGAAUAUAUUAGAAACAUAUCACCCAGCGAAUAAAGACUAUGGGCACAUGAAAAUUAAUGAACCUCCAACACCUUAUUCACAUCUUGAAGAUUCUGAUGGAGAACUAGACACCAGUGAAUCAAGUGUUGAUCCAGAAACCUUGCGUGACAGCCUUUCCAAAGCUAGUACCCGCAAGCACGUGCAUUCAGACAGCCCCGAGGAAGAGGAGGAUGAUUUGCUAUCAGAAGAAGGAAGAGCUGAAAAAAGGGUUUUUACAGACAAAAGGAAAAAACAUUACGAUGAAUUUUCCAAAGUGAGGCUAGCAAGGCAACUAAUUGCAAAGGAGUUAGAAGAAAUAGACAAUUCUGAUGAUCAGCAGAUGGACACUUCUUCAGAUAAUGCCGAACCAGAAAGUCAUUCUUGAUGAAAAGACAGGCAUUGGACAGCAAACAAACAUACAAAGCAUGAACACAUUCCAGACAUUCAUACCUAAAACUUUAAUGGUAGGUGACGUAGGUGGUAAAGAACUAAACAGAUACAUAUCACCGUGCUGCUCUGAUAUGCAACAUAAUGAUUCCUUAUUACGCGUUAUUUUAGGUACAAUUAUACCUUUCCCUUUAACUUGAUUCAUUGCUUAUGCAGAUUAACGUUAUUAGCAGCUUUUGAAGUAAAGGUCGUUUGCUGCUUAAAAGAGAUCGUUUUGUUAGCUUGCCUUUGCGGAGCCCUGAAAAGUGACGGUUUCAUGUUUGUAAAUCCCGGUGAUGAUAGUUGACAACAAGAGAUGUAAGUGUCUCAAACCCAAGUCACGGCUAAAUUAUAUUGUUAGAGUGUUUAAGAUUAUUUCCUGCUAUUACUGGAAUACAGGGAGGAGAGACUUUUUAGUUUAUAGUUCUGUAGAAGUUAUGAAUAAAGUUUCCGUAAAGCCUUCUUGCAAUGGGUAUUGUAGACAAUGAGUUUGUAGAAAUCCUGUUGUCUAUGACACAAUGAGUGUACUUUAUUUCUUGUCAACCCCCUACUCCGGCACUUUAGAAUGACCCUAUGACUCAGCAGUGAGUACCAUUCCUAGCCCUGGCAAGAAUCUUAAUUCACUCACUGAUUCAUUAUACAGCCCCCUUAGUGUUUUUCUCAUCUUCAAACCAGCACCCUUUUUCUGAGGUCCUUCCUCUGGGUUGUUUUUUAUAAAAGAACCCAACCUUUGUUUUAUGUGGGACUGAGUUUAUGAAUGACCAUGCAAUGAUGGCCUAAGUUAAUGUUUUCUGAAUUGCCAGCAACUUUAUUUCUACUAAACCAAGAGUAUUUUGCCUUUGAAAAUUAAAUAGAUUAAGACUCUUUUUAGGUCUUGCACUUUGGAAUCAAAGAUGAGUCAUCUUAUUUGUUUAUGUCGCUAGAAAUAGACUUCAGUCUACCAUUGCAAUCCUUCGCUCCCCUUUUCUUCAUCAUUUGGCGUAUGUACGAGUAGGAAAUAGGUGUAUUUGUAGGAAAAAGAACUGUUUGAAAGUUUAUUAUCCCGAAAUGCUUAACAUUAUACUUAACACAAAAUACUUUUAAUCUGGAAAAGGCGAUUGUGAAGAUCAUAUUGCUGAUGGUCUAUGAAUCGGAUCAGAGGCAACUAUAUGUUCUGUAUUUUGUAAAUAUCUGUAAUGAUUCAGUUGAGUGAAGUAAAGUUGCUUCAUUUGUAAUGAAGAUCAUUCUGCUCAAUUCAA